CUUACACAGGUGGUUUUCGCUGUGAAAUCAUUGGAACCAGAAUCGCUUUUAUUACGAACUGCUCUUUAGUAUUAUUUUAUCAAUUUGUAAUAAAAUCAACACACAAGACCAGAAACUCCUUCCAACAUGACGGAUGGAAUGCUCUCUCUGUCUUGGAACAACCACAGCACUACUUUCUGCCACAUGCUUUCAGCCCUAAGACACAAGGACAGAUACACAGAUGCAACAUUGGCCUGUGAAGGCAAGUUCUACCCUGUGCACAAGCUUGUUCUCUCCACGUGCAGUCAGUAUUUUGAGGAGAUGUUUGACCACACACUCGGAAAGCACCCCAUCGUCCUGCUGCAAGAUGUCAAAUGCGAUGAAUUAGAGGCACUGUUGAGUUACAUGUAUAUUGGUGUUGUGAGCGUUGCACAGAAGGAUCUCUCUCGUUUGAUCAAGGUAGCUGAGCUGUUACAGAUUAAAGGCUUGGCUGUGCCGGAUGAAGUACAGGGAGACAAGAACACACAUUCUACUAGUAGAAAUGCCAGGCGAAGCCCCCAGUCAAGAGAGUCUGUUGAUCCUACCGAUGACAGAGCUAGUCCACACCCAAAGAGAAAGAAGCAGGAUGACACUAGCUCACCAUCGCCCAGGGAACUCUUUGAAAACCACAGUGCACAUUCACCCAGGUUAUCCUCAUAUUCCAAAGACGGUGAAGAAAAUUUAGAUUUUAAUACAUCAGAAGGUAGAUCUAGAAGAGAGUUGUAUCUAGAGCCAGUUAGAGGCAGUGAAUCUGAGGCAGAACCUCUCCAUCACAGGGAACCUACGGCCAGUAAUUCCUUGCCCGAAGAGCCAAACAUGCUUUCAGGUGUGAAGUUACGAGAACAGUCAGCUGCAGGGAAUCCCUCAAAGGAUACAAGUGAAGAGGCUAUAGUCAUUAAAGAGGAAGUGUGGGAAGAUCCCGAACUAAGUCACAAUAACUCUAUAGACCCAAGUGUCACUUAUAGCACAGCCUCAGACAGUGCUGACCCAGACAGUCACGAUGGAGUUCAGGAGGAGCACACAGGCACGUCUAAGGAGUUCAGUCAUCCAGGUGUUCCAGCGCAGGUGUCUCAGGAACUACCAGAGGUGGUUGUCGAGGCAUUGGCAGGACCUUCAGGCAUGCAGGAGUGGCUUGGCAGUAAUGACUUUGCAGCUGGCUUAGCCUCAGUCGAGAACUUCAGCAUAAACGGAAGCCCACCUCUGCCAGAGCAUCCACAGGCACUGCAGAUGGCAGGGGAGGAGAGUCAGAAGGGUGAAAAGGGAGCCACAGGAGCCAAGACAGGCAUCAUAUCCAACAGCAAGUUCCACCAGUGCCCCUACUGUGCUUACGACACACCCAGGAAAGACCACCUGGUCAUGCACAUUCGUACCCACACAGGGGAAAAGCCCUAUUCCUGCCCAUACUGUCCCUCACGAUUUGUUCAGAAAGGGACUCUCAGUAACCAUAUCCGCACUCACACUGGGGAAAAGCCCUUCUCGUGUCCACACUGCUCCCAGUGCUUUGCGCGGAACAGUCACCUCUGGAGUCACGUGUCAACUCGCCAUAAAGGAAGACUUUCGACUGCUACUUGAAUAAGGAUUAGUUUUGCCAUCAGUUAAGGUUGUUCCAUGAUGUGCUUAGUUACAAAUGAGAAAGUUCUUACAUCAAUAUACUGGUUUUGUGUUAUUGAUAAUGUUAUAGGUAUUCAGAAUUGGAAAUGUAGAAAUCAUGCUGGAUUUAAAAGGAGAAAGAUAAUAUAAUGAUGAUAUUAGAAUAUAAUGAAGUAGAUACUAUAUAAAAGAAAGUACUACAAUGGUAAGAAAAAAACUAAUAUAGUAUAUUUAUUGAUAAUAGGCAGUUCUUUAAAUUGAAAUAUGGGAAGUGAUAGGAAAAUGUUAUCUUAUGUCUUUUUUCUUUGGUGCUUCUGAAAGUUAAUUUUAUACAUUUUACAUAUCCAAAGGAUGUUGGAAUUAAUCUUUUCCACACAGUGUUGUGUGUGUCUUUCUUUUUUUAAGAGGUCAUGUCCUGGGUUAAUAGGAUUAUAAUAUGGUUAAGAAAAGAAUUUAUAUGAUGAAACAUAUCAGAACACAUUUAUGCAGCUUUAGUUUUAUAAACUUUUUGUUUCCUGAUGCUCUAGAAAAUUUUGGAGAAUGUAAUCCUGCUGUACACAGGAGUGUCUGCUGAGGAGGAAGAAAAUGACUAUCAUUAUGAUGUGAGGCCAGUCAGAUUUCAGUUAUAGUCACUAAUAGUAGCUUUGAGAUUGGCAUUUACUUAGACUUAGGUCAGUGCAUACAUACGAUGUUGCAAGUAACAUUCAUACAUGAAUAAUUGCUUUAAUGUGCAUUGCAGAUUCAUAGGCCUUUU